GGCUCAUCGGAUCAUACUAGUUCUGGGCCCUCGCGGGAAUCUGGAGCAGUCAGGGUGAUGACGACAGGUAUUCAACUGACUGACGACACUAUCAAACGGUUGAACAAACUGGGCGCGAAGAUGACAACCAAACCUAACGACUGCACACACCUUGUCACCAAGGGAAUAGUCCGUACAGAAAAGUUCUUGUGCGCCAUCGCAUGCUCUCCGUUCGUGUUAACAGAAGGAUGGGUCAAUUCGAGCGUCCAAGCUGGUAAACUUUUGCCGGAAACGGACUUUCUAAUAUCUGACCCCGAAUCGGAACGGAAAUGGAAUUUUAAGCUCUCCACUUCUCUUGAGCGCGCUAAACGCGAAGAUUGCGGGGAAGGCCUGUUGAAAGGGAUGUCAUUCUAUGUGACCCCUAAAGUCGACAUCGACUUGAAGUUGCUCAAAGCUGUCGUAGCGUCUGCUGGUGGUCAGAUUCAGACGGCGAAGCCGACCGUUCGAAUACUCAAGGCGAACGAAAACCGUCACGUUAUCUCUUGUCCAGCAGACCAAUCGAUCUGGCGACCACUGGUCGAGGACGGAUAUACUAUAUAUUCCACAGAGCUCAUUCUACUAGCUGUACUAGCUCAGGAGAUACGGUGGAAGGAUGACAACUGCAUUAGUUGCAAGCCUUCUUCGUAA